AGUGUUGACCUGUCCAUGCUGAAACCCACAGGCCUUCCUGGGUCAUCUUCUCUCACCCACUCCUUGAUGACAGGGAGCAGGAGCAGUAAAGCCACACCGGAAAUGGAUUCAGGACUGACAGGAGCCACCUUGUCACGUAAGACAUCUACAGGUGCAAUCAUAAUGACGGAACAUACUCUGCCCUUUACUUCCCCAGCUAAGACCUUGGCCAGUCCUGCGUCUUCGGUUGUGGGAAGAACCACCCGGUCUCUGGGGGCGAUGUCCUCUGCUCUCCCUGAGUCAACCUCUAGAGGAAUUACACACUCCGAGCAAAGAACCAGCUCAUCGCUGAGUCCCCAGGUCAAUGGAACUCCCUCUAGGAACUCUCCUGCUACAAGCGUGGUUUCACAAUUGAGUUCCCCAAGGACCAGGACCAGUUCCACAGAAGGAAAUUUUACCAAAGAAUCAUCUACCUACACACUCGCUGUAGAGACCACAAGUGGCCCAGUCACUGAGAAGUACACAGUCCCCACUGAGACCUCAACAACCGAAGGUGACAGCACAGGGACCCCCUGGGGCACAAGAUAUAUCCCUGCAAAAAUCACAUCUCCAAUGAAAACAUUUGCAGAUUCAACUGCAUCCAAGGAUAAUGUCCUGGUGUCUAUGACUCCAGCUGAGUCCACAGUUACUGACUCACAUACUCCAGGAAGGACAACCCCAUCCUUUGGGACAGUUUAUUCUUCCUUCCUUGACUUAUCGCCUAGAGGGACCCCAAAUUCCAGAGGUGGAACAAGCCUGGAACUGACUCCAUCAACCACUGGAUAUCCCUUCUCUUCUCCUGAACCUGGCUCCACAGGACACAGCAGAAUAAGUACCAGUGUGUCUUUGUCAUCAUCUGCUUCAGUUCUCGAUAAUAAAAUAUCAGAGACCGGCAUAUUCUCAGGCCAGAGUAUCACUUCCCCUCUAUCUCCUGGGGUGCCCGAGGCCAGAGUCAGCACAAUGUCCAACUCAGCUAUCCCUUUUUCCAUGACACUAAGCAAUGUAGAAACAAGUGCUGAAAAGGUCAGAAGUACAAUUUCCUCUCUGGGGACUCCAUCUACAUCCACAGAGCAGACAGCAGAGACUAUCCUUACCUUCCGUGCCUUCGCUGAGACCACGGAUACACCUGGCACCCACAUAGCCAAGACUUUGGCUUCAGAAUGGUCAGGGAGUCCAGGUACCCUCAGUGGCACCAGCACUUCAGCGUUGACAACCACAUCUCCAUCUACCACUUUAGUCUCGGAGGAGAACAACACCCAUCACUCCAUGAGUAGAAUGGAAACAGAAGGAACUUUGAAUACAUCCAUGACUCCACUUGAGACCUCUGCUCCUGGAGAAGAGACCGAAAUGACUGCCACCUUGGUCCCCACCCCAGGUUUUACUACUCUUUACAGCAAGAUUAGUAGUCCAUCUCAGGUCUCUUCAUCACACCCAACAAGAGAGCUCAGAACCGCAGGCAGCACCUCUGGGAGGCAGAGUUCCAGUAGAGCUGCCCACAGGAGCUCUGACAUCCUGAAGGCAACCACUUCCAGCACCUCAACAGCAUCAUCAUGGACCAGUGAAAGCACAGCUCAGCAAUUUAGUGAACCCCAGCACACACAGUGGGUGGAGACAAGUCCUAGCAUGAAAACAGAGAGACCCCCAGCAUCAACCAGUGUGGCAGCCCGUGCCACCACUUCUCCUGUUCCCUCAGUGGUGUCUGGCUUCACCACCCUGAAGACCAGCUCCACUAAAGGGAUUUGGCUUAAAGAAACAUCUGCAGACACACUCAUCAGAGAAUCCACAACUGGCCCAACCACCUAUCAGUUUGCUGUUCCCACUGGGAUUUCAAUGACAGGAGGCAGCAUCACAAGGGGAAGGCAGGGCACAACCCACCCACUCAAAAGAGCCACAGCAUUAUCUGAGACAUCCACAGAUUUGACUCUGGCCACGAACGGUGUUCCAAUCUCCAUGACUCCAGCAGUUAGCAAGAUGGCUGCUGGCUCAAGUCCUCCAGGAGGGACAAAUCCAUCAUAUACAAUGGUUUCUUCUGUCAUCCCUGAGAUGUCAUCUUUAGAGUCCCCAGCUUCUAGGGAAGGAACCAGCCUGGGACUGACUCCAUUAAACACUAGACAUCCCUCCUCUUCCCCUGAACCAGACUCUGCAGGACCUACCAAGAUAAGCACCAGCGUUCCUCUGUUGUCAUCUGCUUCAGUUCUUGAGGAUACAGUGUCAGCGACCAGCACAUUCUCACACCACAGAGUCACCUCAUCUAUGACCACAGGGACUCCUGAAAUCUCAACAAAGACAAAGCCCAGCUCAGCCAUUCUUUUCUCCAUGACCCUAAGUAAUGCAGCAACAAGUCCUGAAAGAGUCAGAAAUGCAACUUCCCCUCUGACUUAUCCAUCUGCAUCAGGGAAAGGGACAGCAGGGAGUGUCCUCACCCUCAGCACCUCUGCUGAGACUACAGACUCACCUAGCAUCCACCCAAUUGGGACACUGGCUUCAGAAUGGUCAGAGAGUCCUAGCACUCUCAGCCUCCCAAGUGUCUCUGGAGUGAAAACUACAUUUUCUUCAUCUACUCCUUCCACUCAUCUAUUUACCAGUGCAGAAGAAACAGAGGAAACUUUGAAUCCAUCUGUGUCUCAACCUAAGACUUCUGUUUCCAGAGUAAGGACCACCUUGGCCAGCACCUCUGUCCCCACCCCAGUAUUCCCCACCAUGGACACCUGGACUACACGUUCAGCUCAGUUCUCUUCAUCCCACCUAGUGAGUGAGCUCAGAGCCACGAGCAGUACCUCAGCUACAAACUCAACCAGUUCAGCUCUUCCUAAAAUAUCUCACCUCUCUGGGACAGCAGCAAUGUCACAGACCAAUACAGGCACGUUUAAUGACUCUGUUGCACCCCAAAGCACAACUUGGCCAGAGACUAAUCCCAGAUUCAAGACAGCGUUACCUUCAGCAACCACUGUUUCAACUUCUGCCACUUCUCUCUCUGCUACUGUAGUGGUCUCUAAAUUCACUUCUCCAGCAACUGGUUCCACAGAAGCAACUUCUAUCAGGGAACCAUCAACAACCAUCCUCACAACAGAGACCACGAAUGGCCCAGGCACUGUGGCUAUGGCUUCUACCAACAUCCCAAUUGGAAAGGGCUACAUUACUGAAGGAACAUUGGACACAACUCAUCUGUCCAUUGGAACCUCAACUUCCUCUGAGACAUCUACAGAUUUUACCAUGGCCAAAGAAAGUGUCUCAAUGUCAGUAUCUCCAUCUCAGUCCAUGGAUGCUGUUGGCUCAAGCACUCCGGGAAGGACAAGCCAAUUGGUUGGCACAUUUUCUGAUGAUGUCUAUCAUUUAACAUCUGGAGAAAUUCCAGUGCCUAGAGGUGGAGCCAGUUCAGCUCUGACUCCACAAAUGACUGCAACUCACCCUCCAUCUCCUGAGCCUGGCUCUGCUAGAAGCACCUGGCUUGGCAUCUUGUCCUCAUCUUCUUCUCCUACUCCCAAAGUCACAAUGAGCUCCACAUUUUCAACCCAGAGAGUCACCCCAAGCAUGACAAUGGACACAGUUGAAACUAGUGAACAGAACACACCCAACUUACCUUCCAUGACUUCCUCGACACCAAGUAAUAUUCCAACAAGUGGUGCUGUAGGAAAAAGCACCCUGGUUCCCUUGGACACUCCAUCUCCAGCCACAUCAGUGGAGGCAUCAGAAGGGGGACUUCCGACCCUGAGCACCUACCCUGAAUCAGCAAACACACCCAGCAUCCGCCUCGGAACACACGCUAGUUCAGAAAGUCCAAGCACCAUCAACCUUACCAUGACUUCAGUAGUAAAAACUGGCUCUUACACACCUCUCGCCUUCCCCUCAAUAGAAACCCACAUUCAUGCAUCAACAGCCAGAAUGGAGACAAAUGAAAUUGCUUACUCUUCUGGGUCUUCGCCUGAGAUGACAGCUCCUGGAGAGACUAACACUGAUAGUACCUGGGCCCCCACCACCUACAUCACCACUACGGAUCCUAAGGAUACAAGUUCAGCUCAGGUCUCUACACCCCACUCAGUGAGGACACUCAGAACCACAGAAAACCAUCCAAAGACAGAGUCCACCACCCCAGCUGCUUACUCUGGAAGUCCUAAAAUCUCAAGUUCACCCGAUCCCACCAGUCUGAUCACAAAAGCAUGGACCAUCACAGACACAACUGAACACUCCACUCAAUUACAUUACACAAAUUUGGCAGAAAAACCAUCUGGAUUUGAGACACAGUCAACUCCAGGACCUGUCUCUGUAGUAAUCCCUACCUCCCCUACCACUGGAAGCAGCACAUUGGAACUGACUUCUGAUGUCCCAGGGGAACCCGUGGUCCUCACUACCAGUGAGCAGACCACAAUCACUCUCCCCAUGGCAACAUGGCUGAGUACCAGUUUGACAGAGGAAAUGCCUUCAACAGACCUUGAUAUUUCAAGUCCAAGUUCACUCAUGAGUACAUUUGCUAUUUUUCCACCUAUGUCCACACCUUCUCAUGAACUUUCAAAGUCAGAGGCAGAUACCAGUGCCAUUGGAAAUACAGAUUCAACCACAUGGGAUCAGCACCUAGGAAUCAGGAGUUUGGGCGCAACUGGAGACUUAACAACUGUUCCUAUCACCCCACUGUCAACCACGUGGACCAGUGUGAUUGAACACUCAACACAAGCACAGGACACCCGUUCUGCAACGAUGAGUCCUACUCAUGUGGCACAAUCACUCAAAGAUCAAACAUCUUUACCAGCCUCAGCAUCCCCUCCCCAUCUUACUGAAGUCUACCCUGAGCUCAGGACACAAGGGAGAAGCUCCUCUGAGACAACUACUUUUUGGAAACCAUCUACAGACACACUCUCCAGAGAGAUUGAGACUGGCCCAACAAACGUUCAAUCCACUCCACCCAUGGACAACACAACAACAGGGAGCAGUAGUAGUGGAGUCACCCUGGGCACAGCCCACCUUCCCAUAGGAACAUCAUCCCCAGCUGAGACAUCCACAAACACAGCACUGGAAAGAGGAAGUUCUACAGCCACUGUCUCCAUGGCUGGGACUGUGGGACUCCUAGUUACUAGUGCUCCAGGAAGAAGCAUCAACCAGUCAUUAGGAAGAGUUUCCUCUGUCCUUUCUGAGUCAACUACUGAAGGAGUCACAGAUUCUAGUAAGGGAAGCAGUCCAAGGCUGAACACACAGGGAAAUACAGCUCCCUCCUCCUCUUUUGAACCCAGCUCUGCUGAAGGAAGCCAGAUGAGCACAAGCAUCCCUCUACCCUCAUCUCCUCCAACUCCUGAUGUGGAAUUCAUAGGGGGCAGUACAUUUUGGACCAAGGAAGUCACCACAGUUAUGAUCUCAGACAUCUCCAAGUCUUCAUCAAGGACAGAGUCCAGCUUAGCUACCCUUAUGUCCACAGCUUUGGGAAGCACUGAAAAUACAAAAAAACUCAGAACUGCCUCUAUGGAUCUUCCAUCUCCAACUCCAUCAAUGGAGGUGACACCAUGGAGUUCUCUCACUCUCAGUAACACCCCCAAGACCACAGAUUCACCUGACCUCAGCCAUGGGGUGCACACCAGCUCUACAGGGACUUUGGUCACUGACAGGCCAUUGAAUACUGGUGUCACUAGAGCCUUCAGAUUGGAAAACAGCUCCAGCACCUCUUCUGAGUCCCUGUCUGUGGGAACCAGCACUCACACAUCCAUGAUUUACAUAGAGAAGAGUGAAGUGCCUUCUUCAAUACGUCCCCAACCUGAGACCUCAGCUCCUGAAGCAGAGACCACUUUGACUUCCACUCCUGGAAACAAGGCCACAAGCUUAACAUUGCCUUUUUCAUCCAUUCCAGUGGAGGAAGUCAUUUCUACAGGCAUAACCUCAGGACUAGACAUCAGCUCAGCACCCAUGACACAUUCUCCCAUCACCCCACCAACAAUUGCAUGGACCAGUACAGGCACAAUUGAACAGUUCACUCAACCACUACAUGCAGUUUCUUCAGAAAACGUUUCUGGGCAGACACAGUCAACUCCAUAUGUCAAUGCUGUGGCAGUGUCUGCUUCCCCUACCCAUGAGAACUCAGUCUCUUCUGGAAGCAGCACGUCCGUUCCAUAUUCCUUAGCCUCACUUGAAUCCUUGGAUUCCACAAUCAGUACUAGUUUAUCUGAGGCAUUGUCCUCAGCUCAUUCUGGGGUUUCAAACCCAAGUUCAACUAUGACUGAAUUUCCACUCUUUUCAGCUGCAUUCACAUCUGCUGCUAAGCAAACAAAUCCAGAAACAGAGACCUAUGGCCCCGAGAAUACAGCCCUGAGUACUUUGAACACGGAUGCAUCCUCAGGCACAGGUCUUUCUGAGACUUCUGUGGGGACAACUAUCAGCUCUGAAGUCCUUCUUCCAAUGACCGUAACUUCCAGAUCAGAUGUUUCUGGCCUUAUGUCUGAGAGUACUGCUAACCUGAGUUUAGGCACAGCCUCUUCAGGAGGGACCAAAUUAACUAGGACAAUAUCCCUGCCCACUUCAGAGUCUUUGGUUUCCUUUAGAAUGAACAAGGAUCCACGGACAGUGUCAAUCCUUUUGGGGUCCCAUCCAACUAUUAAUACAGAAACAAGCUUCCCAGUAAACAGUGCAGGUUCACCUGGCUUGUCCACAGUAGCAUCAGAUGUAAUUGACACACCUUCAGAUGGGGCUGAAAGUAUUCCCACUGUCUCCUUUUCCCCCUCCCCUGAUAAUGAAGUGACAACUAUCUCACAUUUCCCAGAAAAGACAACUCAUUCAUUUAGAACCAUUUCAUCUCUCACUCCUGAGUUGACUUCAAGAGUGACACCUACUCCUGGGGAUUGGACCGGUUCAGCUGUGUCCACAAAGCCCACAGAAGCCAGUUCUUCCAUUACACUGGGAGAGAGAAUGACAAUCACCUCUGCUGCUCCAACCACUUCCCCCAUAGUUCUCACUGUUAGUUUCACAGAGACCAGCACAGUUUCACUGGAUAAUGAAACUACAGUAAAAAUCUCAGAUAUCCUUGAGGCACAGACAACAAAUGAGCUCCCCUCAGAUAGCAGUUCUUCCUCUGAUCUGAUCAACACCUCCAUAGCUUCUUCAACUAUGGAUGUCACUAAAACAGCCUCUAUCAGUCCCACUAGCAUCUCAGGAAGGACAGCAAGUUCCUCUCCAUCUCUCUUCUCUUCAGAUAGAUCCGAGGUUCCCACAUCUACAAUAGAGACAAAUACAGCCACCUCUCCAUCUGUUUCCAGUAACACCUAUUCUCUUGAUAGAGGCUCCAAUGUGGGUGGCACGCCAUCCACUUUACCACCCUUUACAAUCACCCACCCUGUCAAGACAAGCUCGGCCCUGUUAACCUGGUCUAGACCAGUAGGAACUUUCAGCACCAUGGUCAGCACUGACACUGCCACCGGAGAAAAUCCUACCUCUAGCAAUUCUGUGGUGACUUCUGUUCCAGCACCAGGUAUAUGGACCAGUGUAGACAGCACUACUGACUUACCCGCCAUGGGCUCUCUCAAGACAAGUCCUGCAGGAGAGACACACUCACUUCCAGCAUCAACUAUUGAACCAGCCACUGCCUUCACUCCCCAUCUCUCAGCGACAGUGGUCACUGGAUCCAGUGCUACAUCAGAAGCCAGUCUUCUCACUAUGACUGAAAGCAAAACCAUUCAUUCUUCAUCACAGACCCCAACUACAACCACCUCUGGAGCAAGCUGGGAAACUUCAGCUACUCCUGAGAGCGUUUUGGCCGUCACUGAGACUUCAGACACAUCACUCACCUCAAAGAUUUCAGUAACAGAUACCAUCUUGUUUUCAACUGUGUCCACACCACCUUCUAAACUUCCAAGUACAGGGACUCUCUCUGGAGCCUCCUCCCCUACUUUACUUCCGGACACUCCAGCCAUCCCACUCACCACCACUGAGCCAACAAGUUCAUUAGCUACAUCCUUUGAUUCUACCCCACUGGUGACUAUAGAUUUGGAUAGACUUGGCACAGUCCCAGAGACUACCCUGACCAUGUCAGAGACCUCAAAUGGGGAUGCACUGGUUCUUAAGACAGUAAGUAACCCAGAUAGGAGCAUCCCUGGAAUCACUAUCCAAGGGGUAGCAGAAAGUCCACUCCAUCCUUCUUCCACUUCCCCCUCUAAGAUUGUUGCUCCACAGAACACAACCUAUGAAGGUUCGACCAUCAUGGCACUUUCUACUUUGCCUGCAGGAACUACCGGUUCCCUUGCAUUCGGUCAGAGUUCUGACACCUCAGAGACAACAGCUUUGGUGAACUCAUCAGCUGGGCUUGAGAGGGCAUCUGUGAUGUCACUAACCACAGGAAGCCAGGGUUUGGCCAGCUCUGGAGGAGUCAGAAGUGGGUCCACUCACUCAACUGGAGCCAACACAUUUUCUUCUCUCCCUCUGACCAUGAACCCAGGUGAGGUUACAGCCAUGUCUGAAAUCACCAUGAACAGACUGACAGCUACUCAAUCAACAGUGCCCAAAGGGAUACCUGUGAAGCCCACCAGUGCUGCGUCAGGGCUCCUAACACCUGUCUCUGCCUCCUCAAGCCCAUCAAAGGCCUUUUCAUCACUGACUACAGCUCCCACAACUUGGAGGAUCCCACAGUCCACCUUGACCUUUAAGUUUUUUGAGGUCCCAAGUUUGGAUACUAAGUCUGCUUCUUUACCAACUUCUGGACAGUCCCUGAACACCAUUCCAGACUCAGAUGCAAGCACAGCAUCUUCCUCACUGUCCAAGUCUCCAGAAAAAAACACAAGGGCAGGGAUGAUGACUUCCACAAAGGCCAUAAGUGCAAGCUCAGUUCAAUCAACAGGUUUUACUGAAAUCCCUGAGGAAUCUGCCUCCCCUUCUAUGGCAGGACAUGAACCCAGAGUUCCCACUCCAGGAACAGGGGACCUUAUAUAUGCCUCAGAGAGCAUGUCUUAUCCAGACCUGAGCAAGGCAUCAUCAUCUAUGACAUCGACCCUUCUUGCAUCAAAACUCACAACUCUCUUCAGCACAGGUCAAGCAGCAAGUUCUGGUUCUAGUUCCUCUCGCAUAAGCCUAUCCACUGAGAAAGAAACCAGCUUUCUUUCCCCCACUGCAUCCACCUCCAGAAAGACUUCACUCUUUCUUGGGCCCUCCGUGGCAAAACAGCCCAACACAUUGGUGGAUCUUCAGACAUCAGCUCUGACACUUUCUCCAACAUCCACUCUAAAUAUGUCCCAGGAGGAGCCUCCUGAGAUAACCUCAAGCCAGACCACUACAGAAGAAGAGAGAACAACAGCUGAAACACAGACAUUAACCUUCAUGCCAUAUGAGACCCCGACAUCCUUGUUACCUGUCUCUUCUCCCACAGAACCCACAGCCGGAAGAAAGGGUUCUCCAGAAACAUGGGCAAGCUCUAUUUCAGUUCCCGCCAAGACCUCCUUGGUUGAAACAACUGAUGGAAUGCUAGUGCCCACUACAAAGAUGUCAAGUCAGGCAGCACAAGGAAAUUCCACAUGGCCAGCCCCAGCAGAGAAGACAGGGACCAGUCCAGCAGGCACAUCCCCAGGAAGCCCAGAAAUGUCUACAGCUCUCAAAAUCAUGAGCUCCAAGAAACCCAGCAUCAGCCCAGAGAUCAGGUCCACUGUGAGAAUUUCUCCUUGGAAGACUGCAGAAACAACUGUUCCCAUGGAGACCACUGUGGAACCAGUCACCCUUCAGUCCACAGCCCUAGGAAGUAGCAGCACCAGCCUCUCUCACCUGCCCACAGGAGCCACAUCACCAACCAAGUCACCAACAGAAAAUAUGAUGGCUACAGAAAGGGUCUCCCUCUCCCCAUCCCCACCUGAGGCUUGGACCAAUCUUUAUUCUGGAACUCCAAGAGGGACCAGGCAGUCACUGGCCACAACGCUCUCUGUCUCCUUAGAAUCACCAACUGCUAGAAGCACGACAGGGACUGGUCAGCAAAGCAGUCCAGAAUUGAUUUCGAAGACAACUGGAAUGGAAUCCUCUAUGUGGCAUGGCUCUACUGGAGGGGCCACAGUAGACACACAUGUCUCUCUGAGCACAUCUCCCAAUAUCCUUGAAGACCGUGUAACCAGCCCAAACUCUGUGAGCUCAGUCACAAAUAAAUCCAAACAUAAAACCGAGUCAUGGGUCAGCACCACAGCCAUUCCCUCCACAAUCCUGAAUCACAAGACAAUGGCAGCUGAAGAACAGACAAGUCGAUCUGUGGAUGAGGCUUAUUCAUCAACUAGCUCAUGGUCAGAUCAGACAUCUGGGAGUGACAUCACCCUUGGUGCAUCUCCUGAUGUCACAAAGACAUUAUACAUCACCUCCACAGCACAAACCACCUCACUAGCAUCUCUGCCCUCUGGAGACCAAAGCAUUACCAGCCUCACCAGUCCCUCAGGAGAAAAAAGAAGCUCUGCGUCAUCUGUCACAUCCCCUGUGGAAGUGAGCAUCAUGAAUGUAACCACAGCUCCUACUCCAGGUAUCUCCACCACCAUCACCACCAUGGGAACCAACUCAAUCGUGACUACCACACCCAGCCCCGAAGUGGGUGUGAGUACCAUGGACAGCACCCCGGACACAGAGAGGCACACAUCUUCUACAGAGCACCCUCCCACCUGGUCCUCCACAGCUGCAUCAGAUUCCUGGACUGUCACAGACAUGGCUUCAAACUUGAAAGUCGCAAGUUCUCCUGGAACAAUUUCUACAAUGCAUACAACUUCAUUCUUAGCCUCAAGCACUGAAUUGGACUCCAUGUCUACUCCCUAUGGCCUUAUAACUGUCACUGGAACCAGCCUGGUCACUCCAUCCUCUGAUGCUUCAGCUGUAAAGACAGAGACCAGUACCAGUGAAAGAACAUUGAGUCCUUCAGACACAACUGCAUCUACUCCCAUCUCAACUUUCUCUCCUGUCCAGAGGCUGAGCAUCUCAGUUCCUGACAUUUUAAGUACAAGUUGGACUCCCAGUAAUACAGAAACAGAAGAUGUGCCUGUUUCAAUGGUUUCUACAGAUCAUGCUAGUACAACGACUGACUCAAAUAUGCCGCCGUCUACUUUUCUGUUUGAUUCUCGGUCCACUCUUGACUGGGACCCUGGGAGAUCUGUGUCAUCAGCCACAGCCACUACCUCAGCUCCUCACGGGGCCACAACUCCUCAAGAACUCAUUUUGGAGACCAUCAUCAGCUCAGCUACCUCACAGCUGCCCUUCUCUAUAGGGGACGUUACAAGUGCAGUCACACCAGCUGCAAUGGUAAGGAGCUCUGGAGUUACUUUUUCAAGACCAGAUCUGACAAGCAAAAAGGCAGAGCAGACUUCUACUCAGCUUCCCACCACAAUUUCUGCACAUCCAGGGCCAGUGCCCAGAUCAGCAGCAACAACUCUGGAUGUGAUCCCACACACAGCACAAACUCCAGAUCCAACUUCAGAGGGCUUGUCUCUUCAGAGACAAGGGCAGAGGGCUCUUACAACAGAGGCAAGAGCUACAUCUGACUCCUGGAAUGAGAAAGAAAAAUCAACCUCAAGUGCACCUUGGAUCACUGAGAUGAUGAAUUCUGUCUCACAAGAGACCAUCAAGGAGGUUACCAGCUCCUCCAGUGUUAAGGAGCCUGAAUACACUGGACGUAAGCUUGGAAUCUGCGAUGACUUCAUCCCCAUUGGAAAAGCAGCCCGUAUGAGAGAAUUGCCCCUUCUGAGUCCACCAGACAAAGAGGCAAUUCACCCUUCUACAAACACAGUAGAGACAAGAGCAUGGGUCACAAGUUCCGAACAUGCUUCUCAUUCUACUGUCCCAGCUCACUCAGAGUCAUCCAAACUCACAUCUCCAGUGGUUACUGCCUCCACCAGGGACCAAGCAAUAGUUUCUGCAUCAGCAACCACAAGGCCAGAGUCUACAAGGACUGGAACAGAGCCUAAUUCCUCCUUGACUACUGAACUGAAGGAUUUCAGCCCUUACAUGGAGUCCAGCUCAACCACACAAACAAGUAUUAUCUCUUCCCCAGGUUCCACUGCGAUCACCAAGGGGCCUAGAACAGAAAUUACCUCCUCUAAGAGAAUAUCCAGCUCAUUCCUUGCCCAGUCUGUGAGGUCAUCAGACAGCCCCUCAGAAACCAUCACCAGGCUGUCUAACUUCCCUGCCACGACAGAAUCUGGAGGAAUGACCCUCACUAUGCAAACAAGUCCACCUGGCGCUACAUCACUAAGUGCACCUACUUUGGAUACAUCAGCCACAGCCUCCUGGACAGGGACUCCACUGGCUAUGACUCAGAGAUUUACAUACUCAGAGAAGACCACUCUCUUUAGCAAAGGUCCUGAGGAUACAUCACAACCAAGCCCUCCCUCUGUAGAAGAAACCAGCUCUUCCUCUUCCCUGGUACCUAUCCAUGCCACAACCUCACCUUCCAAUAUUUUGUUGACAUCACAAGGACACAGUCCCUCCUCUACUCCACCUGUGACCUCAGUUUUCUGGUCUGAGACCUCUGGCCUGGGGAAGACCACAGACAUGUCAAGGAUAAGCUUGGAACCUGGCACCAGUCUACUUCCCAAUUUGAGCAGUACAGCAGGUGAGGUGUUAUCCACUUAUGAAGCUUCCAGAGAUACAAAGGCAAUUCAUCAUUCUGCAAACACAGCAGUGACGACUAUGGAGGCAACUAGUUCUGAACAUUCUCCUGUCCCAGUCCAUACAAAGCCAUCCAAAGCCACAUCUCCAUUGGUUACCUCCCACAUCAUGGGGGACAUCACUGCUUCCACAUCAGUGUUUGGCUCCUCCGAGCCCACAAAGAUUGAGACAGUGUCCUCUGUGAACCCAGGACUUCAGGAGAGAAGCACAUCCCAGGUGGCCAGCUCUGCUACAGAGACAAGCACUGUCAUUACCCAUGCAUCUAGUGGUGAUGCUACUACUCAUGUCACCAAGACACAAGCCACUUUCUCUAGCAGAACAUCCAUUCCAAGCCCUCAUCACUUCAAAACUUCUACCAAUGCAUUUACAAAUGUGAGCACCAACCCUUCUACCUCUCUGAUAAUGGCAGAAUCUUCAGGAGUGACCAUCACCACCCAGACAGGUCCUACUGGAGCUACAACACAGGGUCCAUAUCUCUUGGACACAUCAAGCAUGCCUUACUUGACAGAGACUCCAUUGACUUUGACUCCAGAUUUUAUGCAAUCAGAGAAGACCACUCUCAUGAGCAAAGGUCCCAAGGAUGUGUCAUGGACAAGCCCUCCCUCUGUGGCAGAAACCAGCUCUCCCUCUUCCCUGACACCUAUCUUGGUCACAGCCUCACCUCCUGCCACUUACACAUUACGAGGGCGAAGUACAUCCUCUCCUGUUUCUGUGACUUCAGUUCUCACCUCUGGACUGGUGAAGACCACAGAUACAUUGAACACAAGCAUGAAACCUGUGACCAAUUCACCUCAAAGUUUGAACAACACAUCAAAUGAGAUGCUGGCCACUUUGGAAGCCACCACAGACAUAGAGACAAUUCAUCCUUCCAUAAACAAAGCAGUGACCAAUAUGGGGACCACCAGUUCAGCACAUGAACUGCAUUCCACUCUCCCAGUCAGCUCAGAAUCAUCCACAGCCACAUCUCCAAUGGUUCCUGCCUCUGCUAUGGGGGAUGCUCUUGCUUCUACAUCAACACCUCGUUCUGAGACCACAGACACUGGGGGAGAGCCAACAUCCUCCCUGACUGCUGAACAAAAAGAGAACAGCACUCUCCAGGAGAUGAACUCAACUACAGAGCCAAACAUCAUCCUCUCCAAUGUGUCUGUGGGGACUGCUACUGAAGCCUCCAAAGUGGAAGUCCCCUCUUUUGAUGCAACAUUCAUACCAACUCCUGCUCGGUCAACAAAGUUCCAAGAUAUUUUCUCAGUAUCCGGCAGUAGACUUUCAAACUCUCCUCCCAUGACAAUAUCUACCCACAUGACCACCACCCAGACAGGGUCUUCUGGAGCUACAUCAAAGAUUCCACUUGCCUUAGACACAUCAACGUUGGAAACCUCAGCAGGGACUCCAUCAGUGGUGACUGAGGGGUUUUCCCCCUCAAAAAUAACCACUGCCAUGAACAAUGAUGCCAAGGAUGUAUCACAGACAAGCCCUCUCUUUGAGGAGGAAGCCAGCUCUCCCUCUUCUCAGGCACCUGUCCUUGUCACAACCUUACCUUCUCCUGUUUCUUUCACAUUGCAAUGGCCUGGUACCUCCUCUCCUGUUUCUAUGUCCUCAGUUCCUACUUCUUCACUGGUAAAGAUCACAGGCAAGGUGGACACAAGCUUAGAAACGGUGACCAGUUCACCUCAAAGUAUGAGCAACACUUUGGAUGACAUAUUGGCCACUUCACCAGCCACCACAGAUAUAGAGACAACACACUCUUCCAUGAACACAGCAGUGACCAAUGUGGGGACCACUAGUUCAGCAUUUGAAUCACAUUCUACUGUCUCAGCUGACCCAGAGCCAUCUAAAGUCACAUCUCCAAAUGUCACCACCUCCACCAUGGAAGACACCACAAUUUCCAGAUCAAUUCCUAGAUCCUCUAAGACUACAAGAAUUGAGACUGAGACAACUUCCUCCCUGACUCCUAAACUGAGGGAGACCAGCAUCUCCCAGGAGAUCACCUCAUCCACGGAGACAAGCACCGUUCCUUACAAAGAGCUUACAAGCAUUAAGAGAGAGCCAACAUACUUCUUGACUCCUAGACUGAGGGAGACCAGUACCUCUCAGGAGUCCAGCUUUUCCGCAGACAUGAGUUUUCUACUUUCCAAAGUUCCCACUGCUAUUAUUACUGAGGUCUCCAGUACAGAGGUCAUCUCUUCUAGCAAAAUUUCCACCCCAGACCAUGAUAAGUCUACAAUGCCACCUGAAACCUUCACAGGAGAGAUCUCCAGGGUCUUCACCUCCUCUAUUAAGACAAAAUCUGCAGAGAUGACGAUCACCACCCCAGCAAGUCCUCCUGGGUCUGCAUCCCAUGGUACCCUUCCCUUGGACACAUUAACCACACUUUCCCAGGGAGGGACUCAUUCAACUGUGACUCAGGGAUUCCCACACUCAGAGGUGACCACUCUCAUGAGCAUAGGUCCUGAGAGUGUGUCAUGGAUGACAACUCCCCCUAUUGAAAAAACCAGCUUUGUGUCUUCCCCGAUGUCUUCACCUGCCAUGAUAUCCCCUUCUCCUGUUUCCUCCAUAUUUUCAGAGAGCAUCCCCUCAUCUCCUCUUCCUGUGACUGCACUUCCUACUUCUGUUCUGGUGACAACCACAAAUGGAUUGGGCACUACAAGCCCAGAAUCUGUAACCAGUUCACCUCCAAAUUUGAGCAGCAGCACUCAUGAGAGACUGACCACUUACAAAGACACUGCACACACAGAAGCUGCCACACAUCCUUCCACAAACACUGCAGUGACCAAUGUAGGGACUUCCGGGUCUGGACAUGAAUCACAAUCCUCUGCCUUAGUUGACUCAGAGACAUCGAAAGACACACCUCUGAUGAGUACCACUUCCACCAUGGGAGACACAAGUGUUUCCAUAUCGACUCCUGAUAUCUCUCAAACUAGCCAAAUUCAAACAGAGUUAAUGGCAUCCCUGACCCCUAGACCGAGGGAGAGCAGCACGUCUGAGAAGAUCAGCUCAGUGACAGAGACAAAUAGUACCAUUUCUUAUGUGCCUACGGGUGCUACUGCUCAGGUCUCCAGGACAGAAGUCAUCUCCUCUAGCAGAACAUCCAUCUCAGACCUUGAUCAGUCCACAGUGACACCCAGCAUCUCCACAGGAAUGAUCCCCAGGCUGUUCACCUCCCCUAUCAUGACAAAAUUUGCAGAAAUGACCAUCACCACUCAAACAACUACUCCUAGGGCUCCAUCACAUGGUACCGUUCCCUUGGACACAUCAACCACACUCUUCCAGGGAGGGACUCAUUCAACUAUGUCUCAGGGAUUCCCACACUUAGAGAUAGCCACUCUUAGGAGCAGAACUCCUGAAGAUGUGUCAUGGAUGACAACUCCCUCUGUAGAAGAAACCAGCUCUGAGUCCUCCUUGAUGUCUUCACCUGCCAUGACAUCCCCUUCUCCUGUUUCCUCCACAUUAUCAGAGAGCAUCUCCUCCUCUCCUCUUCCUGUGACAGCACUUCUUACUUCUGUUCUGGUGACAACCACAGAUGUGUUGGACACGACAAGCUCAGAGCCUGUAACCAGUUCACCUCCAAGUUUGAGCAGCCCCACACAUGAGAGACCAGCCACUUACAAAGACACUGCACAUAUGGAAACCAUGCAUCCUUCCACAAACACAGCAGUGACCAACGUAGGGACCUCUGGGUCUGGACAUGAAUCACAAUCCUCUGUCCUAGCUGACUCAGAGACAUCAAAAACCACAUCUCCAAUGAGUACCACCUCCACCCUGGGGAACACAAGUGUUUCCACAUCAACUCCUAAUAUCGCUCAGACUAGCCAAAUUCAAACAGAGCCAACAGCAUCCCUGAGCCCUAGACUGAGGGAGAGCAGCACGUCUGAGGAGACCAGCUCAAUGACAGAGACAAAUACCGCCUUUUCUUAUGUGCUCACGGGUGCUAUCACUCAGAGCUCCAGAACAGAAAUCUCCUCUAGAAGAACAUCCAUCUCACACCUUGAUCGGUCCACAGCAGUACCUGACAUCUCCACAGGAGUGAUAACCAGGCUUUUCACCUCCCCCAUCAUGACAAAAUCUGCAGAAAUGAGCAUCACCACUAAAACAACUACUCCUGGGGCUACAUCACAGGAUACCCUUCCCUUGGACACAUCAACCACACUCUUCCAGCGAGGGACUUAUUCAACUGUGUCUCAGGGAUUCACACACUCAGAGAUAGCCACUCUUAGGAGCAGAACUCCUGGAGAUGUUUCAUGGAUGACAACUCCCUCUGUAGAAGAAACCAGCUCUGAGUCCUCCUUGAUGUCUUCACCUGCCAUGACAUCCCCUUCUCCUGUUUCCUCCAUAUUUUCAGAGAGCAUCCCCUCAUCUCCUCUUCCUGUGACUGCACUUCUUACUUCUGUUCUGGUGACAACCACAGAUGUGUUGGGCAUGACAAGCCCAGAGCCUGUAACCAGUUCACCUCCAAAUUUAAGCAGCACCACACAUGAGAGACUGAUCACUUACAAAGACACUGCACACACAGAAGUCAUGCAUCCUUCCACAAACACCACAGUGGCCAACGUGGGGACCUCCAUUUCUGGACAUGAAUCACAACCUUCUGUCCUAGCUGACUCAAACACAUCCAAAGCCACAUCUCCAAUGGGUACCACCUUCACCAUGGGGGAUACAAGUGUUUCUGCAUCAACUCCUACCUUCUUUGAGACUAGAAUUCAGACUGAAUCAGCAUCCUCUUUGACUCCUGGAUUAAAGGACACCAGCACAUCUGAGGAGAUCAACACUGUGACAGAGACAAGCACUGUCCUUUCAGAAAUGCCGCCUGCUACUACUACUGAGGUCUCCAGGACAGAAGUUAUCACCUCUAGCAGAACAUCCAUCUCAGGGCUUGAUCAUUCCAAAAUGUCACCCUACAUCUCCACAGAAACCAUCACCAGGCUCUCCACUUCUCCUGUUGUAACAGGAUCCACAGAAAUGACCAUCACCAACCAAACAGGUCCUAUAGGGACUACCUCACUGGCUACCCUUACCCUGGACACAUCAAGCACAGCUUCCUGGGAAGGGACGCACUCACCUGUGACUCAGAGAUUUCCACACUCAGAGGAUACCACUACUAGGAGCAGAGGUACUAAAGGUGUGUCAUGGCAAAGCUCUCCCUCUGUGGAAGAAACCAGUUCUCCUUCUUCCCUGGUGCCUUUAACUGCAAUAACCUCACAUUCACCUCUUUUUUCCACAUUAUCAGGAAGUAGCCCCACUUCUCCUCUCCCUGUGACUUCCCUUCUCACCUCUGGCAGGAGGAAGACCACGGACAUGUUGGACGCACUCUCAGAGCCUGUGACCAGCUCCUUACCAAGUGCAAGUAGCUUCUCAGGUGAGAUGCCUACUUCUGAAGCCUCCACAAAUACAAAGACAAUUCACUUUUCAGAGAACACAGCAGAAACCAAUAUGAGGACCACCAAUUCUAUGCAUGAACUACAUUCCUCUGUCUCAAUCCACUCCCAGCCAUCCAGACACACACCUCCAAAUGUUACUGGGUCUAUGAUGAAGGACGCUAUUGUUUCCACAUCAACACCUGGUUCUCUUGAGACUAUAAAUAUUGACAGAGAGUCAACAUCCCCCCUGAUUCCUGAACUGACAGAGAACAGCACCGCCCUGGUGAUGAACUCAACUACAGAGUCAAACAUUGUUUUCUCCAGUGUGUCCAUGGGUGCGGCUACUGAGGUCUCCAGGGCAGAAAUCCCCUACUAUGAUCCUACAUUCAUGCCAGCUUCUGCUCAGUCAACAAAGUCCCCAGACAUUUCACCUGAAACCAGCAGCAGACAUUCUAACUCACCUCCCUUGACAAUAUCUACACACAAGACCAUCACCACACAAACAGAUCCUCCUGGGGUGACAUCUCUUGGCCAACUGACCUUGGACACAUCAACCAUAGCCAAUCCAGCAGGAACCCCAUCAGCCAGAACUCAGGAUUUUGUAGACUCAGAAACAACCACAGUCAUGAACAAUGAUCUCAGUGAUGUGUCGAAGACAAGCCCUUUCUCUGUAGAAGAAGCGAACUCUCUCUCUUCUCAGGCACCUCUCCUUGUGACAACCUCACCUUCUCCUGUAACUUCCACACUGCAAGUGCACAGUACCUCCUCUCUUGCUUCUGUGACCCCAGUACUCACCCCUGCACCAGUGAAGAUAACAGACAUGGACACAAGCUUAGAACCUGUGACUCGUUCAUCUCAAAGUUUAAGCAACACCUCGGCCACUUCAGAAGCCACCACAGAUACACACACAAUACAUCCUUCUAUAAACACAGCAGUGACCAAUGUGGGGACCAUCAGUUCACCACACGAAUUCUAUUUUACUGUCUCACCUGACUCAGAGCCAUAUAAAACCACAUCUCCAGUAGUUAUCACUUCCACCAUGGGGGACUCAAUAGUUUCCAUGUCAAUGCCCAGAUCCUCAGAGAUGACAAAGAUUGAGUCUGAGACAACUUCCUCCCUGACCUUUGGACUGAGGGAGAUCAGCACCUCCCAGAAAAUCGGCUCAUUCUCAGACACAAGCGCUGUCUUUGACAAAGCACUCACUGCUGCUACUACUGAGGUCUCCAGAGCAGAACUCAUUUCCUCUAGCAGGACAUCCAUCCAAGGCACUGAAAAGCCCACAGUGUCACCAGACACCUCCACAGGAUCUGUCACCAUGUUCUCUACCUUUGCUGGCAUGACAAAAUCUGAAGAAAUGACCAUCGCCACUCAGACAAGUCCUCAUAGGGCUACCUCACAGGGUACCCUUACCUGGGACACGUCAAUCACAACCUCACAGGCAGAGACCCACUCAGCUAUGACUCAUGGAUUUUCACAAUUAGAUGUGUCCACUCUUAUAAGUAGAGUUCCUGAGGACGUGUCAGGGACAAGCUCACCCUCUGUGGAAAAAACCAGUUCUCCCUCUUCCCUUCUAUCUUUACCAGCAAUAACCUCACUGCCCCCUGUACCUACUACAUUACUAGAAGGUAGGCCCUAUUCUUCUGUUCAUCUGACUUCACUCCCCACUUCUGGCCCGGUGAAGACCACAGAUAUGCUGGCAUCUGUGACCAGUUUACCUCCAAAUUUGGGCAGCCCCUCACAAAAGAUACCGUCUACUUCUGAAGACAUUAAAGAUACAGAGAAAAUGCAUCUUUCCACAAACAUAGCAGUAACCGAUAUGGGGACCACCACUUCUGAAAAGGAAUCUUAUUCAUCUGUCCCAGCCUACUCAGAACCACCCAAAGUCACCUCUCCAAUGGUUACCUCUUUCACCAUAAGGGACACCAUUGUUUCCACAUCCAUGCCUGGCUCCUCUGAGAUUACAAGGAUUGAGAUGGAGUCAACAUCAUCCCUGGCUCAUGAGCUGAAGGAAAGCAGCACCUCCCAGAAGCCCAUCGUAUCCACAGAGAAAAAUGCUGUCCUUCACAAGGUGACCACUGGUGCUACUCCUGAGACCUCUAGGACAGAAGUUGCCUCUUCUAGAAAAACAUCCAUUCCGGGCCCUGAUCAUUCCACAAAGUCACCAGACAUCUCCACUGAAGUGAUCCCCAGGCUGCCUAUUUCCCCUGGCAUUACAGAAUCUGCAAAUGUGACCAUCAUCACUCAAACAGGCCCUCCUCUUGGAUCUACAUCACAGGGUACAUUUACCUUGGACACACCAACUACAUCCUCCAGGGCAGGAACACACUCGGUGGUGACUCAGGAAUUUCCACACUCAGAAAUGACCACUCUCAUGAACAAGGACCCUGAGAUUCUAUCACAGACAAUCCCUCAUUCCAUAGACAAAACCAGCUUCUCCUCUUCCCUGAUGCCUUCACCAGCCAUGACCUCACCUUCUCCCGGUUCCUCAACAUUACCAAAGACCAUUCACGCCACUCCUUCUCCUAUGAUCUCACUGCUCACCUCUAGUCUAGUGAUGACCACAGACAUGUUAGGCACAAGUCCAGAAGCUACAACCAGUUCACCUCCAAAUUUGAGCAGUACCUCACAUGAGAUACUGACGACAGAUGAAGACACCACAGCUAUAGAAGCCAUGCAUCCUUUCACAAGCACAGCAGUGACUAAUGUGGAAACCACCAGCUCUGGACAUGGGUCACAAUCCUCUGUCCUAGCUGACUCAGGAAGAACCAAGGCUACAGCCCCAAUGGAUACCACCUCCACCAUGGGGCAUACAACUGUUUCCACAUCAAUGUCUGUUUCCUCUGAGACUACAAAAAUUAAGAGCCAGUCAACAUAUUCCUUGACUCCUGGACUGAGGGAGACCAGCAUCUCCCAAAAUGCCAGCUUUUCCACUGACACAAGUAUUGUUCUUUCAGAAGUCCCCACUGGUACUGCUGCUGAGGUCUCCAGGACAGAAGUCACUUCCUCUGGUAGAACAUCCAUCCCUGGCCCUUCUCAGUCCACAGUGUUGCCAGAAAUAUCCACCAGACCAAUGACAAGGCUCUUUGCCUCGCCUACCAUGACAGAAUCAGCAGAAAUGACCAUCCCCACCCAAACAGGUUCUUCUGGGUCUACAUCACAGGAUACCCUUACCUUGGACACAUCCACCACAAAGUCCCAGGCAAAGACUCAUUCAACUUUGACUCAGAGAUUUCCACACCCAGAGCAGACCACUCUCAUGAGCAGAGGUCCUGGAGAUAUGUCAUGGCAAAGCUCUACCUCUGUGGAAAAACCCAGCUCUCUCCCUUCCCUGCUGUCUUUACCUGCCACAAUCUCACCUCGUCCCGUUUCCUCCACAUUACCAGUGAGUAUCUCCUCCUCUCCUUUUCCUGUGACUUCACUUCUCACCUCUGGCCCGGUGACGACCACAGACAUGUUACGCACAAGCUCAGAACUUGUAACCAGUUCACCUCCAAAGCUGAGCCACACUUCAGGUGAGAGACUGACCACUGGCAAGGACACCACAGUUACAGAAGCUGUGCAUCCUUCCACAAACACAGCAGUUUCCAAUGUGGAGACUUCCAGCUCUGGACAUGAAUCCCCUUCCUCUGCCUUAGCUGACUCAGAGACAUCCAAAACCACAUCACCAAUGUUUAUUAUCUCCACACAGGAGGACACAACUCUUGCCAUAUCAACCCCUCACUUCUUGGAGACUAGCAGAAUUCAGAAAGAGUCCAUUUCCUCCCUGACCCCUAAAUUGAGGGAGACCAGCAGUUCUGUGGAGACAAGCUCAGCCACGGAGACAAGUGCUGUCCUUUCUGAAGUGCCUGCUGGUGCUACUACUGAGAUCUCCAGGACAGAAGUCACCUCCUCUAGCAGAACAUCCAUCUCUGGUCCUGCUGAGUCCACAAUGUUGCCAGAAAUACCCACCACAAGAACAGUCAUUAAGUUCCCUACUUCCCCCAUCAUGGCAGAAUCAUCAGAAAUGACCAUCAAGACCCAAACAAGUCCUCCUGGAUCGACACCAGGGAGUACCCUUACAUUAGACACAUCAACCACACCCUCCUUGGUAAUAACCCACUCGACUAUGACUCAGAGAUUGCCACACUCAGAGAUAACCACUCUUGUGAGUAGAGGUUCUGUGGAAGAAACCAACCCUCCAUCUUCCCAACUAUCUUUACCUGCCAUGAUCUCACCUUCUUCUGUUUCUUCCACAUUACUAGCAAGUAGCCACUCCUCUUCUGCUUCUGUGACUUUGCUUCUCGUGCCAGGCCAAGUGAAGACUACAGAGGCGUUGGACACAAGCACAGAACCUGAAACCAGUUCACCUCCAAGUUUGAGGAGCACCUCAGUUGAAAUACUGGCCACCUCUGAAGUCACCACAGAUACAGAGAAAUUUCAUCCUUUCUCAAACACAGCAGUAACCAAAGUGGGAACUUCCAGUUCUGGACGUGAAUCCCCUUCCUCUGUCCUACCUGACUCAGAGACAACCAAAGCCACAUCGCCAAUGGGUACCAUCUCCAUCAUGGAGGAUACAAGUGCUUCCACGUUAACUCCUGCCUUAUCUGACACUAGGAAAAUUCAGACAGAGCCAGCUUCCUCACUGACCACCAGAUUGAGGGAGACCAGCACCUCUGAAGAGACCAGCUUAGCCACAGAGACAAACACUGUUCCUUCUGAAGUGUCCACUGGUGCUACUACUGAGGUCUCCAGGACAGAAGCCAUCUCCUUUAGCAGAACAUCCAUCUCAGACCCUGAGCAGUCCACAGUGUCACAAAACAUCUCCACAGAAACCAUCACCAGGAUUUCUGCCUCCUCUGUCAUGACAGAAUCUGCCAAAAUGACCAUCACAACCCAAACAGGUCCUCCGGGGUCUACACCAGAAAGUAUCCUUAAUUCGGACACAGCAACCACAUCCUCUUGGGAAGAAACCCACUCUACAGUAACUCAGGGAUUUCCACACCCAGAGAUGACCACUUCCAUGGGCAGAGGUCCUGGAGGUGUGUCAUGGCCUAGCCCUCCCGUUGUGAAAGAAACCAGCCCUCCAUCUUCCCCGCUGUCUUUACCUGCUGUGACCUCACCUCAUCCUGUUUCCACCACAUUCCCAGCACAGAUCCCCCACUCUCCCCUUCCUGUGACUUCACUUCUCACCUCUGGCCCGGUGAUGACCACAGAUAACUUGGGUAUAAGCACAGAACCUGGAACCAGUUCAUCUUCAAGUUUGAGCAGCACCUCCCAUGAGAGACUGACCACUUACAAAGACACUGCACAUACAGAAGCUGUGCAUCCUUCCACAAACACAGGAGGGACCAAUGUGGUGACCACCAGCUCUGGAUAUAAAUCACAAUCCUCUGUCCUAGCUGACUCAGAGACAUCCAAAGCCUCAUCUCCAAUGGGUACCACCUCCACCAUGGGGGAUACAAGUGUUCUCACAUCAACUCCUGCCAUCGUUGAGACUAGAAGGAUUCAGACAGAGCCAACUUCCUCCCCGACCCCUGGAUUGAGGGAGUCCAGUGGCUCUGAAGGGACCAGCUCAGGCACCAAGAUGGGCAUCAUCCUUUCUAAAGUGUCCACUGGUGCUACUACUGAGAUCUCCAAGGAAGACAUCACCUCCAUCCCAGGUCCCGCUCCAUCCACAAUAUCACCAGACAUCUCCACAGGAACCAUCAGUUGGUUCUCUACAUCCCCUGUCAUGACAGAAUCAACAGAAAUAACCAUGAACACCCACACAAGUCCUUUAGGGGCCACAACACAAGGCACCAGUACUUUGGACACUUCAAGCAUAACCUCUUUGACAAUGACACACUCAACUCUAUCUCAAGGAUUUUCACACUCACAGAUGAGCACUCUUAUGAAGAGGGGUCCUGAGGAUGUAUCAUGGAUGAGCCCUCCCCUUCUGGAAAAAACUAGCUCUUCUUCUCUGAUGUCUUCACCAGCCACAACUUCACCUUCUCCUGUUUCCUCCACAUUAACAGACAGCAUCUCUUCCUCUCCUUUUCCUGUGACAUCACUCCUUACAUCUGGCCUGGCAAAAACUACAGAUACGUUGCACAAAAGCUCGGAACCUGUAACCAACUCACCUGCAAAUUUGAGCAGCAUCUCAGUUGAAAUACUGGCCACCUCUGAAGUCACCACAGAUAUGGAGAAAAUUCAUCCUUCUUCAAACAGAGCAGUGACCGAUGUGGGUACCUCCAGUUCUGGACAUGAAUCCCCUUCCUCUGUCCUAGCUGACUCAAAGACAUUCAACGUCACGUCUCCAAUGGUUAUUACCUCCACCAUGGAGGAUACAAGUGUCUCCACAUCAACUCUUGGCUUUUUUCAGACUAGCAAAAUUCGGACAGAAUCAACAUCCUCCCUGACCCUUGGAGUGAGAAAGACCAGCAGCCCUGGGGCGACCAGCUCAGCCACAGAGAUGAGCACUGUCCUUUCUGGAGUGCCUGCUGAUGCCACUGCUGAAGUCUCCAGGACAGAAGUCACCUCCUCUAGCAGAACAUCCGUCUCAGGCCUUGCUCAGCUCACAGUGUCACCAGAGACCUCCACAGAAACCAUCACCAGACUCCCUACUUCUCUUCCUGUGACUUCUUUUCUCACCCCUGGCCUGGUGAUAACCACAGACAGGCUGGGCAUAAGCAGAGAACCUGAAACCAGCUCCACUUCAAAUUUGAGCAGCACCUCCUAUGAGAGACUGUCCACUUUGGAAGACACUGUAGAUACAGAAGCUAUGCAUCCUUCCACACACACAGCAGUGACCAACAUAGGGACCUCCAGUUCUGGACAUGAAUCACAAUCUUCUGUCCUAGCUGACUCAGAGAUACCCAAAGCCACAUCUUCAAUGGGUACCACCUACACCAUGGGGAAAACGAGUGUUUCCAUAUCCACUUCUGACUUCUUUGAGACCAGCAGAAUUCAGAUAGAACCAACAUCCUCCCUGACUUCUGGAUUGAGGGAGACCAGCAGCUCUGAGAGGAUCAUCUCAACCACGGAGAGAAGCACUGUCCUUUCUGAAGUGCCCAGUGGUGCUACCACUGAGGUCUCCAGGACAGAAGUGAUCUCCUCUAGGGGGACAUCCAUGUCAGGGCCUGAUCAGUCCACCAUGUCUCCAGACAUCUCCACUGAAGCGAUCACCAGGCUUUCUACCUCCCCCAUUAUGACAGAAUCAGCAGAAAGUGCCAUCACUAUUCAGACAGGUUCUCCUGGGGCUACAUCACAGGGUACCCUCACCUUGGACACCUCAACAACAACCUUUUGGUCAGGGACCCACUCAACUGCAUCUCCAGGAUUUUCACACUCAGAGAUGACCACUCUUAUGAGUAAAACUCCUGGAGAUGUGUCAUGGCCAAGCCAUCCCUCUAUGGAAGAAGCCAGCUCUGUGUCUUCCCCACUGUCUUCACCUGCCAUGACCUCGCCUUCUUUUUCCUCUACAUUACCAGAGAGCAUCCCCUCCUCUCCUCAUCCUAUGACUGUACUUCUCACCCCUGGCCCAGUGAAGACCACAGACAUGUUGGGCACAAGCUCGGAACCUGAAACCAGUCCACCUCCAAAUUUGAGCAGCACCUCAGAUGAAAUAGACACCUCUGAAGUCACCAAAGAUACAGAGAAAAUUCAUCCCUCCUCAAACACACCAGUGAUCAAUGUAGGGACUUUGGUUUAUAAACAUCUAUCCCCUUCCUCUGUUUUGGCUGACUUAGUGACAACAAAAGCCACAUCUCCAAUGGCUACCACCUCCACUCUGGGGAAUACAAGUGUUUCCACAUCAACUCCUGCCUUCCCAGAAACUAUGAUGACAAAGCCAACUUCCUCCCUGACCUCUGAAUUAAGGGAGAUCAGUACCUCUCAAGAGAUCAGCUCAACAACAGAAAGAAGUGCUUCUCUUUCUAGAAUGCCCACUGGUGCUACUACUGAGGUCUCCAGAACAGAAGCCAUCUCCUCAAGCAGAAUAUCCACCCCAGGUCCUGCUCAAUCCGCAAUGUCACCAGACAUCUCCGCGGAAACCAUCACUAGAAUUUCUACUCCCCUCACCACGACAGAAUCAGCAGAAAUGACCAUCACCCCCAAAACAGGUCAUUCUGGGGCAUCCUCACAAGGUACCUUUACCUUGAACACAUCAAGCAGAGCCUCCUGGCCAGGAACUCACUCAGCUGCAACUCACAGAUCUCCACACUCAGUGAUGACCACUCCUAUGAGCAGAGGUCCUGAAGAUGUGUCAGGGCCAAGCCCCCCAUCAGUGGAAAAAACUAGCCCCCCAUCUUCCCUGGUGUCUUUAUCUGCAGUAACCUCACCUUCGCUGCUUUAUUCCACAACAUCUGGGAGUAGCCACUCCUCUCCUCUCCAGGUGACUUCUCUUUUCACCCCUGUCGUGAUGAAGACCGCCGACAUGUUGGACACAAGCUUGGAACCUGUGACCACUUCACCUCCCACUAUGAAUAUCACCUCAGAUGAGAGUCUGGCCACUUCUAAAGCCACUAUGGACACAGAGGCAAUUCACGUUUCUGAAAACACAGCUGUGACCCAGGUGGGCACCACCAGAGCUAGACAAGAAUUCUAUUCCUCUUACCCAGGCUUCCCAGAGCCAUCCAAAGUGACAUCUCCAAUGGUCACCUCUUCCACGAUAAAAGACAUUGUUUCUACAACCAUACCUGCUUCCUCUGAGAUAACAAGAACUGAGAUGGAGUCAACAUCCACCCUGACCCCCACACCAAGGGAGACCAGGACCUCCCAGGAGAUCCACUCAGCCACAGAGCCAAGCAUUGUUCCUUACAAGGCACUCACUAGUGCCACGAUUGAGUACUUCCGGACACAAGUGACGUCCUCUAGCAGAAGACCUAGCCCUGAUCAGUCCACAAUGUCACCAGACAUCUCCAUGGAAGUGAUCACCAGGCUCUCUACCUCCCCCAUCAAGACAGAAUCUACAGAAAUGACCAUUACUGCCCAAACAGGUUCUCCUGGGGCUACAUCACAGGGUACACUUACCUUGGACACCUCAACAACAACUUUUAUGUCAGGGACCCACUCAACUGCAUCUCAAGGAUUUCCACACUCAGAGAUGACCACUCUUAUGAGUAGAACUCCUGGAGAUGUGCCAUGGCCAAGCCUUCCCUCUGUGGAAGAAAUCAGCUCUGCCUCUUCUUUGCUGUCUUCACCUGCUAUGACCUCACUUUCUCCUGUUUCUUCCGCAUUACCGGACAGCAUCCAUUCCUCUUCUCUUCCUGUGACAUCACUUCUCACCUCGGGCCUGGUGAAGACCACAGAGCUGUUGGGCACAAGCUCAGAACCUGAAAUCAGUUCACCCCCAAAUCUGAGCAGCACCUCAGCUGAAAUACUGGCCACCACUGAAGUCACCACAGAUACAGAGAAACUGGAGGUGACCAAUGUGGUAACCUCAGGUUAUACACAUGAAUCUCCUUCCUCUGCCUUAGCUGACUCAGUGACAACAAAAGCCACAUCUUCAGUAGGUAUCACCUACCCUACAGGAGAUACAAAUGUUCUCACAUCAAUUCCUGCCUUCUCUGACACCAGUAGCAUUCCGACAAAGCCAACGCUUUCACUGACUCCUGAGUUGAUGGAGACCAGCACCUCUGAAGAGACCACCUCUGCCACAGAAACAAACACUGUCCUUUCUAGUGUGCCCACUGGUGCUACUCCUGAGGUCUCCAGGACAGAAGCCAUCUCCUCUAGCAGAACAUCCAUCCCAGGCCCUGCUCAAUCCACAAUGUCACCAGACACCUCCACGGAAACCAUCACUAGAAUUUCUACUCCCCUCACCAGGAAAGAAUCAACAGAAAUGGCCAUCACCCCCAAAACAGGUCCUUCUGGGGCUACCUCACAGGGUACCUUUACCUUGGGCACAUCAAGCACAGCCUCCUGGCCAGGAACUCACUCAGCUGCAACUCAGAGAUUUCCACAGUCAGUGGUGACAACUCCUAUGAGCAGAGGUCCUGAGGACAUGUCAUGGCCAAACCUCCCAUCUGUGGAAAAAAACAGCUCUCCAUCUUCCCUGGUGUCUUUAUCUACAGUAGCCUCACCUUCGCCGCUUUAUUCCACGCCGUCUGGGAGUAGCCACUCCUCUCCUGUCCCUGUCACUUCUCUUUUCACCUCUGUCAUGAUGAAGACCACAGACAUGUUGGAUGCAAGCUUAGAACCUGAGACCACUUCACCUCACAGUUUGAAUAUCACCUCAGAUGGGAGUCUGGCCACUUCUAAAGCCACUGUGGAGACAGAGGCAAUUCAGGUUUUUGAAAACACAGCAGUGUCCCAUGUGGAAACCACCAGUGCUAGAGAGGAACUCUAUUCCUCCUCCCCAGGCUUCUCAGAGCCAACCAAAGUGACAUCUCCAAUGGUCACCUCUUCCUCUAUAAGAGACAACAUUGUUUCCACAACAAUGCCUGUCUCCUCUGGCCUUACAAGGAUUGAGAUAGAGUCAAUGUCAUCUCUGAUCCCUGGACUGAGGGAGACCAGAACCUCCCAGGACAUCAUCUCAUCCACAGAGACAAGCACUGUCCUUUACAAGAUGCCCUCUGAUGCCACUCCUGAGGUCUCCAGGACAGAAGUUAUGUCCUCUAGCAGAACAUCCAUUCCUGGCCCUGCUCAGUCCACAAUGUCACCAGACAUCUCCGAUGAAGUUGUCACCAGGCUCUCUACCUCCCCCAUCAUGACAGAAUCUGCAGAAAUAACCAUCACCACCCAAACAGGUUCUUCUCUGGCUACAUCCCAGGUUACCCUUCCCUUGGGCACCUCAACGACCUUUUUGUCAGGGACCCACUCAACUGUGUCUCAAGGACUUUCACACUCAGAGAUGACCAAUCUUAUGAGCAGGGGUCCUGAAAAUCUGUCAUGGACGAGCCCUCGCUUUGUGGAAACAACUAGAUCUUCCUCUUCUCUGACAUCAUUACCUCUCGCGACCUCACUUUCUCCUGUGUCCUCCACAUUACUAGAGAGUAGCCCCUCCUCUCCUCUUCCUGUGACUUCACUUAUCCUCCCAGGCCUGGUGAAGACUACGGAAGUGUUGGACACAAGCUCAGAGCCUAAAACCAGUUCAUCUCCAAAUCUGAGCAGCACCUCAGUUGAAAUACCAGCCACCUCUGAAAUCAUCACAGAUACAGAGAAAAUUCAUCCUACCUCAAACACAGCGGUGACCAAAGUGGGGACCUCCAGUUCUGUUCAUGAAUCUCAUUCCUCUGUCCUAGCUGACUCAGAAACAACCAUGACCACACCUUCAAUGGGUAUCACCUCCCCUGUGGAGGACACCACUGUUUUCACAUCAAUUCCUGCCUUCUCUGAGACUAGGAGGAUUCCGACAGAGCCCACAUUCUCACUGACUCCUGGAUUCAGGGAGACUAGAACCUCUGAAGAGACCAGCUCAAUCACAGAAACAAGUGCAGUCCUUUUUGGAGUGCCCACUAGUGCUACUACUGAGGUCUCUGUGACAGAAAUCAUGUCCUCUAACAGAACACACAUCCCUGACCCUGAUCAGUCCACAAUGUCUCCAGACAUCAUCACUGAAGUGAUCACCAGGCUCUCUUCCUCAUCCAUGAUGUCAGAAUCAACAGAAAUGACCAUCACCACCCAAACAAGUUCUCCUGGGGCUACAACACAGAGUACCCUUACCUUGGCCACAACAACAGCACCCUUGGCAAAGACCCAUUCAACUGUUCCUCCAAGAUUUUUACACUCAGAGAUGACAACUCUUAUGAGCAGGAGUCCUGAAAAUCCAUCAUGGAAGAGCUCUCCCUUUGUGGAAAAAACUAGCUCUUCCUCUUCUCUGUUGUCCUUACCUGUCAAGACGUCACCUUCUGUUUCUUCCACAUUACUACAGAGUAUCUCUUCCUCUUCUUUUCCUGUGACUUCGCUCCUCACCCCAGGCAUGGUGAAGACUACAGACAUAAGCACAGAACCUGGAACCAGUUUAUCUCCAAAUCUGAGCAGCACCUCAGUUGAAAUACUGGCUGCCUCUGAAGUCACCACAGAUACAGAGAAAAUUCACCCUUCUUCAAGCAUGGCAGUGACCAAUGUGGGAACCACUAAUUCUGGACAUGAACUAUAUUCCUCUGUUUCAAUCCACUUGGAGCCAUCCAAGGCUACAUACCCAGUGGGUACUUCCUCUUCCAUGGCCGAAACCACUAUUUCCACAUCAACGCCUGCCAAUAUUGAGACCACAAGAUCUGAGGCAGAGCCAUUUUCUCAUUUGACUUCUGCAUUUAGGAAGACUAACACGUCCCUGGACACCAGCUCAGUCACACCAACAAAUACACCUUCUUCUCCUGGGUCUACUCAUCUUUUACAGAGUUCCAAGACUGAUUUCACCUCUUCUGUGAAAACAUCAUCCCCAGACCGGCCUCCAGUCUCACAGUAUACUGAAAUUCCAGUGGACAUAAUCACCCCCUUUAAUGCUUCUCCAUCUAUUAUGGAGUCCACUGGAGUAACCUCCUUCCCAGAAUCCAAGUUUACUAUGUCUGUAACAGAAAGUACUCAUCAUCUGAGUACAGAUUUGCUGCCUUCAGCUGAGACUAUUUCCACUGGCACAGUGAUGCCUUCUCUAUCAGAGGCUGUGACUUCAUUUGCCACCACUGGAGUUCCACGAGUCAUCUCGGGUUCAGGUAGUCCAUUCUCUAGGACAGAGUCAGGCCCUGGGGAUGCUACUCUGUCCACCAUUGCAGAGAGCCUGCCUUCAUCCACUCCUGUGCCAUUCUCCUCUUCAACCUUCACUACCACUGAUUCUUCAACCAUCCCAGCCCUCCAUGGGAUAACUUCCUCUUCAGCUACUCCACAUAGAGUGGACACCAGUCUUGGGACAGAGAGCAGCACUACUGAAGGACACUUCGUUAUGGUCAGUACUUUGGACACUUCGAGCCAACCAGCCAGGACAUCUUCAUCACCCGUUUUGGAUACCAGAAUGACAGAGAGCGCUGAGCUGGGAACAGUGACAAGUGCUUAUCAAGUUCCUUCACUCUCAACACGGUUGACAAGAACUGAUGGCAUUAUGGAGCACAUCACAAAAAUACCCAGUGAAGCGGCACACAGAGGUACCAUAAGACCAGUCAAAGGUCCUCAGACAUCCACAUUGCCUGCCAGUCCUAAAGGACUACACACGGGAGGGACAAAAAGAAUGGAGACCACCACCACAGCUCUGAAGACCACCACCACAGCUCCGAAGACCACUUCCAGAGCCAUCUUGACCACCAGUGUCUAUACUUCUACUUUGGGAACACUGACUCCCCUCAAUGCAUCAGUGCAAAUGGCCAGCACAAGUACCACAGAAAUGACGAUCACAACCCCAUAUGUUUCCCCUGAUGUUCCAGAAAUGACAUCCUCAUUGGCUACCAGCCUGGGAGCAGAAACCAGAGCAGCUCUUCCCAGGACCACCCCAUCUGUUUUCAAUAGAGAAUCAGAGACCACAGCCUCACUGGUACCUAGUUCUGAGGCAGAGACAAGUCCAGCUAUUCAAACUCUAGAUGUUUCUUCUAGUGAGCCAGAUACAACAGCUUCAUGGGUUAUCCAUCCUGCAGAGACCAUCCCAACUGUUUCCAAGACAACCACCAGUUUUUUCCACAGUGAAUCACACACUGUAUCUUCCACAGCCACAAGUCAUGGGGUAGAAGUCAGCUCAGCCAUUCCAACAAAUAUCUUACCUAGUGAACUAGAUGCACUGACCCCACUGGUCACUAUUUCUGGGACAGAUGCUAGUACAACAUUCCCAACACUGACUAAGUCCCCACAUGAAACACAGACAAGAACCACAUGGCUCACUCAUCCUGCAGAGACCGGCUCAACCAUUUCCAGAACAAUCCCCAAUUUUUCCCGUCGUGAAUCAGAUGCCACACUUUCAGUGGCCACCAGUCCUGGGGCAGAAACCAGUUCAGCGAUUCCAACUAUGACUGUCUCACCUGGUGCAGCAGAUCUGGUGACCUCACAGGUCACUAGUUCUGGAACAGACCGAAAUAUGACUAUUCCAACUUUGAGUCUUUCUUCUGGUGAACCAAAGACCACAGCCUCAUUAGUCACCCAUCCUGAAGCACAGACAAGUUCGGCCAUUCCAACUUCAACUAUCUUGCCUGGUGUAUCACGGAUGGUGACCUCAAUGGUCACCAGUUUGGCGGCAGAGACAAGUACAACUAAUCCAGCUCUGACAAGCUCCCCUGGUGAACCAGCUACCACAGAUUCAUUGGUCACGCAUCCUGCACAGACCAGCCCAACAGUUCCCUGGACAACUUCCAUUUUUUUUCAUAGUAAAUCAGACACCAUACCUUCAAUGGCCACCAGUCAUGGGGCACAAUCCAGUUCAGCUGUCCCAAUUCCAACUGUUUCACCUGGAGUACCAGGAGUGGUAACCCCUGUGGUCACUAGUUCUAUGACAGUGACAGGUACAACUACUCCAAUUCUGACUCUUUCUGCUGGUGAACCAGAGACCACACCUUCAAUGGCCACCAGUCAUGAGGCAGAAGCCAGCUCAGCUGUUCCAGCUGUUUCACCUGGGGUACCAGAAGUGGUGACCUCUCUGGUCACUAGUUCUAGGGCAGUGACCAGUACAACUAUUCCAAUUCUGACUCUUUCUCCUGGUGAACCAGAGACCACACCUUCAAUGGCCACCAGUCAUGAGGCAGAAGUCAGCUCAGCUGUUCCAACUGUUUCACCUAGGGUACCAGAAGUGGUGACCUCUCUAGUCACUAGUUCUAGGGCAGUGACCAGUACAACUAUUCCAACUCUGACUCUUCCUUCUGGUGAACCAGAGACCACACCUUCAAUGGCCACCAGUCAAAGGACAGAAGGGGCAGAAGCCAGCUCUGCUGUUCCAACUCCAACUGUUUCACCUGAGGUACCAGAAGUGGUGACCUCUCUGGUCACUAGUUCUAUGGCAGUGACCAGUACAACUAUUCCAACUCUGACUCUUUCUCCUGGUGAACCAGAGACCACACCUUCAACAGCCACCAGUCAUGAGGCAGAAGCCAGCUCAGCUGUUCCAACUGUUUCACCUGGGGUACCAGGAGUGGUGACCUCUCUGGUCACUAGUUCUAGAGCAGUGACCAGUUCAACUAUUCCAACUCUGACUCUUUCUCCUGGUGAACCAGAGACCACACCUUCAAUGGCUACCAGUCAUGAGGCAGAAGCCAGCUCAGCUGUUCCAACUGUUUCACCUGGGGUACCAGGAGUGGUGACCUCUCUGGUCACUAGUUCUAGUGCAGUAGCCAGUACAACUAUUCCAACUCUGGCUAUUUCUUCUGGUGAACCAGAGACCACAACUUCAUUAGUCACCCAUUCUGAGGCAAAGACAAUUUCAGCCAUUCCAACUUUAGCUGUCUCCCCUACUGUACAAGGGCUGGUGACUUCACUGGUCCCUAGUUCUGGGUCAGAGACCAGUGCAUUUCCAAAUCUAACUGUUGUCUCAGGUCAACCAGAGACCACAGCCUCAUGGAUCACUCAUUUCGGGACAGAAACAAACUCUGUUGUUCCAACUUUGACUGUCUCCACUGGGGAGCCAUUUACAAAAAUCUCAUUUGUCACCCAUCCUGCAGAGAGUAGCUCAACUGUUCCCAGGACAACCUCAAGCUUUUCCCAUAGUGAAUCAGACACUAUGCCUUCCACAGUCACCAGUCCUGAGGCAGAAUCCAGCUCAGCCAUUUCAACAACUAUUUCACCUGGUAUACCAGGUGUGCUGACUUCCCUGGUCACUAGCUCUGGGACAGACAUCAGUGCAACUUUUCCAACAGUGCCUGAGUCCCCACAUGAAUCAGAGGCAACAGCCUCAUGGGUUACUCAUCCUGCAGUCACCAGCACAACAGUUCCCAGGACAACCCCUAAUUUUUCUCAUAGUGAACCAGACACCACACCCUCAAUAGCCACCAGUCCCGGGGCAGAAGCCAGUUCAGCUUUUCCAACAAUAACUGCCUCAUCUGAUGUACCAGAUAUGGUGACCUCACAGGUCACUAGUUCUGGGACAGACACCAGUAUAACUAUUCCAGCUCUGACUCUUUCUCCUGAUGAACAAGAGACCACAACCUCAUUUAUCACCUAUUCUGAGACACACACAAGUUCAGCCAUUCCAACUCUGACUGUCUCCCCUGGUGCAUCAAAGAUGCUGACCUCACUGGUCACUAGUUCUGGGACAGACAGCACUACAACUUUCCGAACACUGACGGAGACCCCAUAUGAACCAGAGACAACAGCCACACAGCACAUUCAUCCUGCAGAGACCAACACAAUGGUUUCCAGGACAACCCCCAAGUUUUCCCAUAGUGAGUCAGACACCACACUCCCAGUAGCCAUCACCAGUCCUGGGCCAGAAGCCAGUUCAGCUGUUUCAACGACAACUGUCUCACCUGAUAUGUCAGAUCUGGUGACCUCACUGGUCCCUAGUUCUGGAACAGACACCAGUAUAACCUUCCCAACAUUGAGUGAGACCCCAUAUGAACCAGUGACUACAGCCACAUGGCUCACUCAUCCUGCAGAGACCAGCACAAAGGUUUCUAGGACAAUUCCCAACUUUUCCCAUAGGGGAUCAGACAGUACACCCUCAAUGGUCACCAGUCCUGGAGUAGACGCCAGGUCAGCUGUUCCAAUUACAACCAUCCCAUCCAGUAUACCAGAGGUAGUGACGUCACAGGUCACUAGUUCUGCAACAGACACUAGUACAGCUAUUCCAACUUUGACUCCUUCUCUUGGUGAACCAGAGACCACAGCCUCAUUGGCUGCCCAUCCUGGGACACAGACUGGCUUCACUGUUCCAAUUCGGACUGUUCCCUCUAGUGAGCCAGGUACAACAGCUUCCUGGGUCACUCAUCCUGCACAGAUCAGCACACCUGUUUUGAGAACAACCCCCAGUUUUUCCCAUAGUAGACCAGAUGCCACACCUUUAAUGGCCACCAGUCCUGGGACAGAAGUCAGUUCAGCUGGGCUGACAACAAUCUCCCCUGGUGCACCAGAGAUGGUGACUUCACAGAUCACUAGUUCUGGGGCAGCAACUAGUACAACUAUUCCAACUUUGACUCAUUCUCCUGUUAUGCCAGAGACCACAGCCUUAUUGAUCACCCAUCCCAGCACAGAGACAAGUACAACGUUUCCUGCUUCAACUGUGUUUCCUCAAGUAUCAGGGACCACAGCCUCACUCUCCAUUAGACCUGGCACAGAGACUAGCACAGCUCUCUCAACUCAGACAACAUCCUCUCUCUUCACCCUACUUGUAACUGGAACUGGCAGAGUUGAUCUAAAUCCAACUGCUUCACCUGGUGUUUCUGCAAAAACAGCCUCACUUUCCACCCAUCCAGGGACAGAAACCAGCACAAUGAUUCCAACUUCAACUCUUUCCCUUGGUUUAUUAGAGACUACAGGCUCACUAGCCACCAGCUCUUCAGUAGAGACCAGCACCGGUACUCUAACUCGGACUGUUUCCCCUGCUGUCUCUGGGCUUCCCAGUGCCUCCAUAACAACUGGUAAGCCCCAAACUGUGACCUCCUGGAACACAAAAACCUCAUCAUCUGUAACUUCAGCUGGACCCCCAGAAUUUUCCGGGACUGUCACAGGCACCCCUAUGACCUUGAUACCAUCAGAGACGCCAACACCACCUAAACCCAGUCAUAGAGAAGGAGUGAGUCCAACCACUAUCUUGAGAACUACGGUGGUUGAAACCACUAAUUUAGCUGCCACAGGUUCCAGUCCCACUGUGGCCAAGACCACAACCACCUUCAAUACACUGGCUGGAAGCUCCUUUGCUCCUCUGACCACACCUGGGAUGUCCACCUUGGUCUCUGAGAGUGUGACCUCAAGAGCAACUGGCAUGCCUUUGUUGAUGCCUUUGACUGUCAACUUCACCAUCACCAACCUGCAGUACACGAAGGACAUGGGGCGCCUGGGCUCUGAAAUAUUCAAUGCCACCGAGAGGGCCCUGCAGCAGCUGCUCGAGCCCUUGUUCCAGAACAGCAGUAUUGGUUCCCUCUAUGCUGGCUGCAGGCUGACCUCGCUCAGGGCUGAAAAGGAUGGGACAAGCACCAGAGUGGCUGCCAUCUGCAUCUACCGCUCAGAUCUCACCAGCUAUGAGCUGGACAGAGAGCAGCUGUACUGGGAGCUGAGCCAGUUGACUCACGGUGUCACCCUGCUGGGACCCUACACUCUUAACAGGAACAGCCUCUAUGUCAACGGUUAUAACCAUCGGUACCAGACCCCUGCCACCAGCACUCCAGUGACUUCUACAUUCUCCCCAGGGAUUUCCACAUCCUCCAUCCCCAGCUCCACAGCAGCCACAGUCCCAUUCAUGGUGCCAUUCACCCUCAACUUCACCAUCACCAACCUGCAGUACGUGGAGGACAUGCGGCACCCUGGUUCCAGGAAGUUCAACGCCACAGAGAGAGUCCUGCAGGGUCUGCUCAAACCCUUGUUCAGGAAUAGCAGUCUGGAAUUCCUCUAUUCAGGCUGCAGACUAGCCUCACUCAGGCCAGAGAAGGACGGAUCAGCCACAGCAGUGGAUGCUAUCUGCACACAUCGCCCUGACCCUGAAGGCCUCGGACUGGACAGAGAGCGACUGUACUGGGAGCUGAGCAACCUGACCAAUGGCAUCCAGGAGCUGGGCCCCUACACCCUGGACCGGAACAGUCUCUAUGUCAACGGUUUCACCCAUCGAAGCUCUAUGUCCACCACCAGCACUCCUGGGACCUCCACAGUGGAUGUGGGAACCUCAGGGACUCUAUCCUCCAGCCCCAGCCCCACGACUGCUGGCCCUCUCCUGGUGCCGUUCACCCUCAACUUCACCAUCACCAACCUGCAGUAUGAGGAGGACAUGCGUCGCCCUGGCUCCAGGAAGUUCAACACCACAGAGAGGGUCCUGCAGGGUCUGCUCAGGCCCUUGUUCAAGAACACCAGUGUCAGCCCUCUGUACUCUGACUGCAGACUGACCUUGCUCAGACCCGAGAAGGAUGGGGCAGCCACUGGAGUGGAUGCCAUCUGCACCCACCGCCUUGACCCCAAAAGCCCUGGACUCAACAGGGAGCAGCUGUACUGGGAGCUAAGCAAGCUGACCAAUGGCAUUGAUGAGCUGGGCCCCUACACCCUGGACAGGAACAGUCUCUAUGUCAAUGGUUUCACCCAUCGGAGCUCUGUGUCCACCACCAGCACUCCUGGGACCUCCAUAGUGGAUUUUGGAACCUCAGGGACUCCAUCCACCCUCUCCAGCCCCACGAUCGUUGGCCCUCUCCUGGUGCCAUUCACCCUCAACUUCACCAUCACCAACCUGCAGUACGAGGAGGAUAUGCAUCACCCUGGCUCCAGGAAGUUCAACACCACAGAGAGCGUCCUGCAGGGUCUGCUUGGCCCUGUAUUCAAGAACACUAGUGUUGGCCCUCUGUACUCUGGCUGCAGACUGACCUCUCUCAGGUCCGAGAAGGAUGGAGCAGCCACUGGAGUGGAUGCCAUCUGCACCCACCAUCUUGACCCCAAAAGCCCUGGACUCAACAGAGAGCAGCUGUACUGGGAGCUGAGCCAACUGACCAAUGGCAUCAAAGAGCUGGGCCCCUACACCCUGGACAGUAACAGUCUCUAUGUCAAUGGUUUCACCCAUCGGACCUCUGUGUCCACCACCAGCACUCCUGGGACCUCCACAGUGGCCUUUGGAACCUCAGGGACUCCAUCCUUCCUCCCAAGCCCCACAACUGCUGGCCCUCUCCUGGUGCCUUUCACCCUCAACUUCACCAUCACCAACCUGAAGUAUGAGGAGGACAUGCGUCACCCUGGUUCCAGGAAGUUCAACACCACAGAGAGGGUCUUGCAGAAUCUGCUUGGUCCCAUGUUGAAGAACACCAGUGUUGGCCCUCUCUACUCUGGCUGCAGACUGACCUUGCUCAGGUCCGAGAAGGAUGGGGCAGCCACUGGAGUGGAUGCCAUCUGCACCCACCGUCUUGACCCCAAAAGCCCUGGAGUGGACAGGGAGCAGCUGUACUGGGAACUGAACCAGCUGACCCAUGGCAUCAAAGAGCUGGGGCCCUACACCCUGGACAGGAACAGUCUGUAUGUCAAUGGUUUCACCUAUCGGACCUCUGUGCCCACCACCAGCACUCCUGGGACCUCCACAGUGGACCUUGGGACCUCAGGGACUCCAUCCUCCGUCCCCAGCCCCACAACUGCUGGCCCUCUCCUGGUGCCAUUCACCCUCAACUUCACCAUCACCAACCUGAAGUACGAGGAGGACAUGCAUCACCCUGGCUCCAGGAAGUUCAACACCACGGAAAGGGUCCUGCAGAGUCUGCUUGGUCCCAUGUUCAAGAACACCAGUGUUGGCCCUCUGUACUCUGGCUGCAGACUGACCUUGCUCAGGUCCGAGAAGGAUGGAGCAGCCACUGGAGUGGAUGCCAUCUGCACCCAUCGUCUUGACCCCAAAAGUCCUGGAGUGGACAGGGAGCAGCUGUACUUGGAACUGAGCCACUUGACCCAUGGAAUCAAGGAGCUGGGCCCCUACACCCUGGACAGGAACAGUCUGUAUGUCAAUGGUUUCACCUAUCGGACCUCUGUGCCCACCACCAGCACUCCUGGGACCUCCACAGUGGACCUUGGGACUUCAGAGACUCCAUCCUCCCUCGCCAGCCCCACAACUGCUGGCCCUCUCCUGGUGCCAUUCACCCUCAACUUCACUAUCACCAACCUGAAGUACCAGGAGGACAUGCGUCGCCCUGGCUCCAGGAAGUUCAACACCACGGAAAGGGUCCUGCAGAGUCUGCUUGGUCCCAUGUUCAAGAACACCAGUGUUGGCCCUCUGUACUCUGGCUGCAGACUGACCUUGCUCAGGUCCGAGAAGGAUGGAGCAGCCACUGGAGUGGAUGCCAUCUGCACCCACCGUCUUGACCCCAAAAGCCCUGGAGUGGACAGGGAGCAGCUGUACUGGGAACUGAGCCACUUGACCCAUGGCAUCAAAGAGCUGGGACCCUACACCCUGGACAGGAACAGUCUGUAUGUCAAUGGUUUCACCCAUCGGACCUCUGUGCCCACCACCAGCACUCCUGGGACCUCCACAGUGGACCUUGGGACUUCAGAGACUCCAUCCUCCCUCGCCAGCCCCACAACUGCUGGCCCUCUCCUGGUGCCAUUCACCCUCAACUUCACCAUCACCAACCUGAAGUACCAGGAGGACAUGCGUCGCCCUGGCUCCAGGAAGUUCAACACCACGGAAAGGGUCCUGCAGAGUCUGCUUGGUCCCAUGUUCAAGAACACCAGUGUUGGCCCUCUGUACUCUGGCUGCAGACUGACCUUGCUCAGGUCCGAGAAGGAUGGAGCAGCCACUGGAGUGGAUGCCCUCUGCACCCACCAUCUUGACCCCAAAAGUCCUGGAGUGGACAGGGAGCAGCUGUAUUGGGAGCUGAGCCAGCUGACCCAUGGCAUCAAAGAGCUGGGCCCCUACACCCUGGACAGGAACAGUCUGUAUGUCAAUGGUUUCACCCAUCGGACCUCUGUGCCCACCACCAACACUCCUGGGACCUCCACAGUGGACCUUGGGACCUUAGGGACUCCAUCCUCCCUCCCCAGCCCUACAUCUGCUGGCCCUCUCCUGGUGCCAUUCACCCUCAACUUCACCAUCACCAACCUGCAGUACGAGGAGGACAUGCAUCACCCAGGGUCCAGGAAGUUCAACACCACAGAGAGGGUCCUGCAGGGUCUGCUUGGUCCCGUGUUCAACAACACCAGUGUCGGCCCUCUGUACUCUGGCUGCAGACUGACCUUGCUUAGGCCUGAGAAGAAUGGGGCAGCCACUGGAGUGGAUGCCAUCUGCACCCACCGUCUUGACCCCAAAAGCCCUGGACUCAACAGAGAGCAGCUGUACUGGGAGCUGAGCCAGCUGACCCAUGGCAUCAAAGAGCUGGGCCCCUACACCCUGGACAGGAACAGUCUCUAUGUCAAUGGUUUCACCCGUUGGAGCUCUGUGGCCCCCACCAGCACUCCUGGGACUUCCACAGUGGAGCUUGGAACCUCAGGGACUCCAUCCUUCCUCCUCAGCCCCACAGCAGCUGUUCCUCUCCUGGUGCCAUUCACCCUCAACUUCAUCAUCACUAAUCUGCAGUAUGGGGAGGACAUGCAUCACCCUGGCUCCAGGAAGUUCAACACCACAGAGAGGGUCCUGCAGGGUCUGCUUGGUCCGUUGUUCAAGAACUCCAGUGUCGGCCCUCUGUACUCUGGCUGCAGACUGAUCUCCCUCAGGUCUGAGAAGGAUGGGGCAGCCACUGGAGUGGAUGCCAUCUGUACCCACCGCCUUACCCCUCAAAGCCCUGGACUGGACAGGGAGCAGCUGUACUGGGAGCUGAGCCAGAUGACCAAUGGCAUCAAAGAGCUGGGCCCCUACACCCUGGACAGGAACAGUCUCUAUGUCAAUGGUUUCACCUAUCGGAGCUCUGUGCCCACCACCAGCACUCCUUGGACUUCCACAGUGGACCUUGGAAUCUCAGGGACACCAUCCCCCGUCCCCAGCCCCACAACUGCUGGCCCUCUCCUGGUGCCGUUCACCCUCAACUUCACCAUCACCAACCUGCAGUAUGAGGAGGACAUGCAUCACCCUGGCUCAAGGAAGUUCAACACCACAGAGAGGGUCCUGCAGGGUCUGCUUAGUCCCAUAUUCAAGAACUCCAGUGUUGGCCCUCUGUACUCUGGCUGCAGACUGACUUCUCUCAGGACCGAGAAGGAUGGAGCAGCCACUGGAGUGGACGCUGUCUGCCUCUACCACCCUGAUCCCAAAAGACCUGGGCUGGACAGAGAGCAGCUCUACUGGGAGCUGAGCCAACUGACCCACAGCAUCACUGAACUGGGCCCCUACACCCUGGACAGAGACAGUCUGUAUGUCAAUGGUUUCACCCAUCGGAAAUCUGUGCCCACUACCAGUACUCCUGGGACCCCCACAGUGUACCUGGCAACCUCUGGGACUCCAUCCUCCCUCUCCAGCCACACAGGUGAGCACCAGUCAAUGAUACCAGUCAAUGCCGCUGGCCCUCUCCUGAUACCAUUCACCCUCAACUUUACCAUCACUAACCUGCAUUAUGAGGAAAACAUGCAACACCCUGGCUCCAGAAAGUUCAACACCACGGAGAGGGUUCUGCAGGGUCUGCUCAAGCCCUUGUUCAAGAGCACCAGUGUCGGCCCUCUGUACUCUGGCUGCAGACUGACCUUGCUCAGACCUGAGAAGGAUGGGACAGCCACUGGAGUGGACGCCAUCUGCACCCACCGCUUUGAUCCCACCAGCCCUGGACUGGACAGAGAGCGGCUAUACUGGGAGCUGAGCCAGCUGACCAACAGCAUCACAGAGCUGGGCCCCUACACCCUGGACAGAGACAGUCUCUAUGUCAAUGGCUUCACCCAUCAGAGCUCUGUGCCAACCACCAGAAUUCCUGGGACCUCUGCAGUGCACUUGGAAACCUCUGGGACUCCAGCCUCCCUCCCUGGCCACACAGUGCCUGGUCCUCUCCUCCUGCCAUUCACCCUCAACUUCACCAUCACCAACUUGCAGUAUGAGGAGGCCAUGCGACACCCUGGCUCCAGGAAGUUCAACACCACGGAGAGGGUCCUACAGGGUCUGCUGGGGCCCUUGUUCAAGAAUACCAGUAUCAGCCCUUUGUACUCCAGCUGCAGACUGACCUUGCUCAGGCCAGAGAAGGACAAGGCAGCCACCAGAGUGGAUGCCAUCUGUACCUACCGCCCUGACCCUCAAAGCCCUGGACUGGACAGAGAGCAGCUGUACUGGCAGCUGAGCCAGUUGACCCAUGGCAUCACUGAGCUGGGCCCCUACACCCUGGACAGGGACAGUCUCUAUGUCAAUGGUUUCACUCAUUGGAGCUCCAUACCAACCACCAACACUCCUGGGACCUCCACAGUGAACCUGGGAACCUCUGGGAUCCUGUCUUCCCUCCCUGAAACUACAGCCACCAGCCCUCUCCUGGUGCCAUUCACACUCAACUUCACCAUCACUAACCUACAGUAUGAGGAGAACAUGGGUCACCCUGGCUCCAGGAAGUUCAACACCACGGAGAGGGUUCUGCAGGGUCUGCUCAAGCACUUGUUCAAGAGCACGGGUGUUGGCCCUCUGUAUUCUGGCUGCAGACUGACCUUGCUCAGGCCUGAGAAGGAUGGAGCAGCCACCAGAGUGGACGCCAUCUGUACCCACCGCCCUGACCCCAAAAUCCCUGGGCUAGACAGAGAGCAGCUAUACUGGGAGCUGAGCCAGCUGACCCACAGCAUCACUGAGCUGGGCCCCUACACCCUGGACAGGGAUAGUCUCUAUGUCAAUGGUUUCACCCAGCAGAGCUCUGUGCCUGCCACCAGCACUCCUGGGACUUUCACAGUACAGCUGGAAACCUCUGAGACUCCAUCAUCCCUCCCUGGCCCCACAGGCACUGGCCCUCUCCUGCUGCCAUUCACCCUCAAUUUUACCAUCAAUAACCUGCGGUACGAGGAGGACAUGGGUCGCCCUGGCUCCAGGAAGUUCAGCACCACGGAGAGGGUCCUUCAGGGUCUGCUUAGGCCCUUGUUCAAGAACACCAGUGUUGGCGCUCUGUACCCUGGUUGCAGACUGACCUUGCUCAGGCCUGAGAAGGAUGGGGCAGCCACCAGAGUGGAUGCUGUCUGCACCCACCGUCCUGACCCCCAAAGCCCUGGACUGGACAGAGAGCGGCUGUACUGGAAGCUGAGCCAGCUGACCCAUGGCAUCACUGAGCUGGGCCCCUACACCCUGGACAGACACAGUCUCUAUGUCAAUGGUUUCACCCAUCAGAGCUCCAUGAUGACCACCAGAACUCCUGAUACCUCCACAAUGUACCUGGGAACUUCGAGAACUCCAGCCUCCCUGUCUGGACCCGCGACCGCCAGCCCUCUCCUGGUGCUAUUCACACUUAACUUCACCAUCACUAACCUGUGGUAUGAGGAGAGCAUGCAUCACCCUGGCUCUGGAAAGUUUAACACCACAGAGAGAGUCCUUCAGGGUCUGCUCAGGCCUUUGUUCAAGAACACCAGUGUUGGCCCUCUGUACUCUGGCUGCAGACUGACCUUACUCAGGCCCAAGAAGGAUGGGGCAGCCACCAAAGUGGAUGCCAUCUGCACCUACCGCCCUGACCCCAAAAGCCCUGGACUGGACAGAGAGCAGCUAUACUGGGAACUGAGCCAGCUGACCCAUGGCAUCACUGAGCUGGGCCCCUACACCCUGGACAGGGACAGUCUCUAUGUCAAUGGUUUCACACAAUGGAGCUCUGUACCCACCACCAGCACUGCCAGCCCUCUCCUGGUGCCAUUCACUCUCAACUUCACCAUCACCAACCUGCGGUAUGAGGAGAACAUGCAGCACCCUGGCUCCAGGAAGUUCAACACCACGGAGAGGGUCCUUCAGGGCCUGCUCAGGCCCCUGUUCAAGAGCACCAGUGUUGGCCCUCUGUACUCUGGCUGCAGACUGACCUUGCUCAGGCCUGAGAAGGAUGGGGCAGCCACUGGAGUAGACGCCAUCUGCACCCACCACCCUGACCCCAAAAGCCCUAGGCUGGACAGAGAGCAGUUGUAUUGGGAGCUGAGCCAGCUGACCCACAGCAUCACUGAGCUGGGCCCCUAUACCCUGGACAACGACAGCCUCUUUGUCAAUGGUCUCACCCAUCGGAGCUCUGUGCCCACCACCAGCACUCCUGGGAUCCCCACAGUGUAUCUGGGAGUAUCUAGGACUCCAACCUCGAUACUUGGCCCUUCAGCUGCCAGCCAUCUCCUGAUACUAUUCACCCUCAACUUCACCAUCACUAACCUGCAGUAUGAGGAGAACAUGUGGCCUGGCUCCAGGAAGUUCAACACUACAGAGAGGGUCCUUCAGGGUCUGCUAAGGCCCUUGUUCAAGAACACCAGUGUUGGCCCUCUGUACUCUGGCUGCAGGCUGACCUUGCUCAGGCCAGAGAAGGAUGGGGAAGCCACCGGAGUGGAUGUCAUCUGCACCCACCGCCCUGACCCCACAGGCCCUGGGCUGGACAGAGAGCAGCUGUAUUUGGAGCUGAGCCAGCUGACCCACAGCAUCACUGAGCUGGGCCCCUAUACCCUGGACAACGACAGCCUCUUUGUCAAUGGUUUCACCCAUCGGAGCUCUGUGCCCACCACCAGCACUGGGAUGGUCAGCGAGGAGCCCUUCACACUGAACUUCACCAUCAACAACCUGCGCUACAUGGCGGACAUGGGUCAACCCGGCUCCCUCAAGUUCAACAUCACAGACAAUGUCAUGCAGCACCUGCUCAGCCCUUUGUUCCAGAGGAGCAGCGUGGGUGCACGGUACACAGGCUGCAGGGUCAUUGCACUAAGGUCUGUGAAGAACGGCGCUAAGACACAGGUGGACAUCCUCUGCACCUACCUGCAGCCCCUCAGUGGCCCAGCUCUGCCUAUCAAGCAGGUGUUCCAUGAGCUGAGCCAGCAGACCCACGGCAUCACCCGGCUGGGCCCCUACUUUCUGGACAAAGACAGCCUCUACCUUAACGGUUACAAUGAACCUGGUCCAGAUGAGCCUCCUACAACUCCCAAGCCAGCCACCACAUUCCUGCCUCCUCUGUCAGAAGCCACAACAGCCAUGGGGUACCACCUGAAGACCCUCACACUCAACUUCACCAUCUCCAAUCUCCAGUAUUCACCAGACAUGGGCAAUGGCUCAGCUGCCUUCAACUCCACCGAGAGGGUCCUGAAGCACCUGCUCAGAGCCUUGUUCCAGAAGAGCAGCAUGGGCCCCUUCUACUUGGGUUGCCAACUGAUCUCCCUCAGGCCUGAGAAGAAUGGAGCAGCCACUGGCGUGGACACCACCUGCACCUACCACACUGACCCUGUGGGCCCUGGGCUGGACAUACAGCAGCUUUACUGGGAGCUGAGUCAGCUGACCCAUGGUGUCACCCAACUGGGCUUCUAUGUCCUGGACAGGGAUAGCCUCUUCAUCAACGGCUAUGCACCCCAGAAUUUAUCAAUCCGGGGCAAGUACCAGAUACAUUUCCAUAUUGUCAACUGGAACUUCAGUAAUCCAGACCCCACGUCCUCAGAGUACAUCGCCCUGCUGAGGGACAUCCAGGACAAGGUCACCACACUCUACAAAGGCAGCCAACUACAUGACACGUUUCGCUACUGCCUGGUCACCAACUUGACGAUGGACUCCAUGUUGGUCACUGUCAAGGCAUUGUUCUCCUCCGAUCUGGACCCCAGCCUGGUGGAGCAAGUCUUUCUGGAUAAGACCCUGAAUGCCUCAUCCCAUUGGCUGGGCUCCACCUACCAGCUGGUGGACAUCCAUGUGACAGAGAUGGAGCCAUCAGUUUAUCAACCAACAAAACCAACAAGCAGUUCCAGUACCCAGCACUUCUACCUGAAUUUCACCAUCACCAACCUACCAUAUUCCCAGGACAUAUCCCAGCCAAGCACCACCAAUUACCAGAGGAACAAAAGGAAUAUUGAGGAUGCGCUCAACCAACUCUUCCGAAAUAGCAGCAUCAAGAGCUAUUUUUCUGACUGUCAAGUUUCAACAUUCAGGUCUGUCCCCAACAGCCACCACACGGGGGUGGAUUCCCUGUGUAACUUCUCGCCACUGGCUCGGAGAGUAGACAGAGUUGCCAUCUAUGAGGAAUUCCUGCGGAUGACCCGGAAUGGUAGCCAGCUGCAGAACUUCACCCUGGACAGGAGCAGUGUCCUUGUGGAUGGGUAUUCUCCCAACAGAAAUGAGCCCUUAACUGGGAAUUCUGACCUUCCCUUCUGGGCCAUCAUCCUCAUCUGCUUGGCAGUACUCCUGGGACUCAUCACAUGCCUGAUCUGCGGCUUCCUGGCGACCACUCGCUGGCGGAAGAAGGAAGAAUACAGCUUCCGGCAACAGUGCCCAGGCUACUACCGGUCACACCUAGACCUGGAGGAUCUGCAAUGACUGGAACUUGCCGGUGCCCGGGGUCUCUUUUCCCCAGCCAGGGUCCAAAGUAGCUUGGCUGGGGCAGAAAUAAACCAUAUUGGUCGGA